AUGGCUGGUCAGAAGAAUGUUCUGUUGUCUUUAGCGGUUUACGCGGAGGAUUCGGAGCCUGAAUCUGACAGCGAGUUUGGAGUGGAAGCGGCUGGGAGAGCAACACCUGUGGAGGAAAAGGGUCACUUAGUGUCUGAAGCCUAUGGAGAUGAUGAUUUUUCUCGAAUUGAGGGAGAUCCAGAAGGCUAUGAAGAAGGGGAUGAGGAAAACAGCAGACGGACCGAAGAUGAAGAUUCAGAGACUGAAAAACCCGAGGCUGAUGACCGAAAGGAGCUUUCAGAACUGGAACAGAGAGACCCUCAGGAGCUGGUUGCCUCCUCCUGGGAGAGAGUCAGGAACAUGUCCCCAGAUGAGAUUAAAAUCCCCCCAGAGCCACCUGGCAAAUGCUCAAAUCACCUCCAGGAGAAGAUACAGAAAUUAUAUGAGCGGAAGAUAAAAGAAGGGACGGAUAUGAACUACAUUAUCCAGAGGAAGAAGGAAUUUCGGAAUCCCAGCAUCUAUGAGAAGCUUAUCCAGUACUGUUCGAUUGAUGAACUUGGCACCAAUUAUCCCAAGGAUAUGUUUGACCCCCACGGAUGGUCUGAGGACUGCUACUACGAGGCACUAGCUAAAGCACAGAAGUUUGAAAUGGACAAAUUGGAAAAAGCCAAAAAGGAGAGAACAAAAAUUGAAUUUGUGACAGGCACCAAGAAGGGCACCUCGACCAAUGUGGCAGCCACCACGACCCCUGCAGUCAGCACCACAGCCAACACGGGGGCUAUGGAUUCUCAGAAGAAAAAGAGUAAGUGGGAUUCUGCUAUCCCAGUGACUACAAUGGCCCAGCCUACCAUCCUUACCACAGCAACUCCCUUGCCAGCCGUUGUCACAGUGACAACAAGUGCUAGUGGCUCCAAGACCACGGUCAUCUCAGCUGUAGGCACCAUUGUGAAGAAAGCCAAGCAGUGA